AUGGAAGAUUUUGAAGGAAUCAUGAAAGAGAGCAAUUUCAACAUGGGCAGAAUGUAUAGGAAACUGCAGGAUUAUGGACAGAAAGUGAAUUGGAAAAACCUUAUGUACGGGAAUAAUGCGAGACCCUGCACCAACUUUAUUCUUUGGCUUGCUUGUCACGGAAGAUUGGCAACAAAAGACAGAUUGUAUAAAUUUGGUAUGACCGACAAUACAAGUUGUUGUUUCUGUCCAAAGGUAGAAUCAUUAAACCAUUUGUUCUUUGAAUGUGAAACCAUGAAGAAAAUUUGGAUGGAAGUCCUUCAGUGGGCAAGAAUUAACCAUGUCCCUGAAGAUUGGCAUGAAGAGAAAAAAUGGCUGGUGCACCAAACUAAAGGGAAAAGGACCAGGGCUGCUAUCAUCAAAAUGGCGGUAUCAGAAACAAUUUAUGAGCUGUGGAGGAUUAGAAACAACAAAAGUUUUGGUGAAACUGUUGAUAUCACAAAAGUGGGACGGAAAAUUAUAGAUACAUUGAUUUAUAGAGGUUGGUAUAAUAAGAAGAUUAGAAAUUAUAUAGCUAUCUCAAUAAUUGAGGAGUAA